AUGGCACCAAAAGAUGAUGAAGUCAAGGCCAUUUUUCGACGAGGACUGAAGCUCGCUUUAUGGGCAUUAGACCGUACUAACCUGAAGGUCGACCAGUUCAUCUCUAAGAGUAUUAGUCGAGAAGAGGAGAUGAAUCGGCUUGGUAUUCUUGGUAGGAGCAGUGACUCCAUAAGCCGAAAGGCUUAUGACAAAAAUGGAGGCAAGUGCAAAGCAUUUGCGAGUACAGAUGCUUGCCGCUUCGGCGAUCGGUGCAGGUAUGCUCAUACCAAGGACACGUCACGUGGUGAACCGACGCGUCCUAAGGAUAUUUCUGAUAUUGGUCCAACUUCCACUGUGACUAUAGCGCCUACUCCGAAGCCAGCUGGUGAGGCUACUUUGUUCUCGCCUUCUACGACUCGGAAAAUGAUAUGUUACAAGUGUCGACGAGAAGGGCAUAUCUCUAAAAAUUGCCCUAUGCACAAUCUCGUAACUGACAAUGCAACCAAUCCUCUCAAAGCAGUGGGCUUUUACUAUGUGGAGCCUAUCCGAAUUUUCGACUCCAUGACAGUAGAUUUUAAGGCCGCAUCACCUGCCAAUGUAGCUCAGAGUUGUUCUCUUAAGGCCUUGUUGGAUACUGGUGCGAAGCGUAAGUACAUUGAUAGUAUCCUGGCUGAAGAAAUAUGUUCUUGCUUGUCGACCACUAUUGCAGACCUUUCUACUCCUCAUGUAUCAUCGCAGGUGGAUGAUACGACUCUUAAGGCUACUAGAUUCUUCAAACUAUAUCUUUCAACAGAUAAACCAGUGUUGGGCGACCCUAUUCUACAAUAUCUCGUAUUAGACAAGCUGAGUCCUAAGGCCAUCAUUGGUCUAGACGGUAUGAAGCGUCUAGGCACUGAGAUUGUUCUUGAUGAUAAGCUGAUGGUUCAGUUUUAG